GACUGACAUCGCAUUCUUUGUCCACCCAGGGGAUUCCCCUUGUCCACAUGUGUCCCGUUGGACCAAUCACGAUCGAGCGGCAAGCUCAAAAUUAUUAGGGUGGUGGUCCAGUUCAGCUGCAAACUGCAGGAUCCUUCACACUUGUUCGUGCUAGUGAUGGUGGCGUUUGUGCUGAAGGAGAAUGGGUCGAUAACUAAUGUCGACAGCUUUCCACCUUAGGCCAAACUGAUCCCCACUCCAAUGAACCACCUGGAAAAUAGAACAGUAGUAGAGAAGGAUUACUGAAACAGACGACGUCCUAUUUAGGCCUUUGGUCAAAAUGAAGCAAACUUCGGGCAGCACCAGCUCAUCAGCUUCUCCCACAUCUCCCACAUCCCGCAUAAACAAACGCAAGAGCCGACGGGAUCGUCUUGCUCCGUAUGGCGAAGGUAUUUCUAGCAGCCCGAUGAGUACAACUGGCAACGCAUUUUCUUUCAAGCACACCAAAUCUGAGGGGUUUGUGGACAGCGCAAGACGACGCCCGGAUAGCUUGCACUUAUCCUUCACCAGAAGACGGGCCAGUGAUGGCACGAAGCAUUCCGGGAAGAGAGUGUCUGGUGGACGAGGCAUCAGGGUGGACGCUGACAAAUGCGAAGGAAGGUCAUUGAGAAUGUGCGACGACUCGUCCUACAGCGAGGACUCCCCAACUCCACUAUUUCCGUUGGGGCUUCGAGCACGCUCGUCAUUACCCGGACUUCCUAGUGGCUACAGCAGCAACUCUGGACCACGCUGCAUUCGCCGGACGUCAGACUGCUCCAGUGAUAGUGCUCUUGGAGACGAUAUGUAUUCAUUAACAUCUCCGGCGACUUCUGUUACUGGUACCCCGGACUUUGUAAAGGAUUUCUUGGGCUUGGCUGUCGAUAGUCCACUUCAAGAAGAUGUUCACAUCCACGACCUGUCAGAGCGCUCUAUGAGUAUACCAUGUGCUCGGAAAACCAUUUUCCCGUCAAAGUUAACUACGACGGCUUCCUGGGAUGAGGAUCGCCUGUGCCGCUCUCCUCUCUCCCCACGAUCAGAACAUGAGGAUACUGCCAGCUCCGAUGUCAUCACCGAUCAAUCUGCCGAGGCCGCUCCACGCUACGCGCGCUCGCUCUCCGUACCCAUUCGCUCCAGUGUGCGCAUUCGUCUGUUCAGCAAUGAGAGCACUAUGUCAUUGCCUAGCUCUAAGCCAGCCAGACACUUAAGCAGAAGUCCUGACAGCUCGGCAGCAGACCUUGGCGAUCACACACUGCUCGCAGAUGCCAGCGUUAGUCCGCAGCCAUCACCCGUGGGUGCUUCAAGUCCGAUGUGUACAAGUCCAUUUCUUAGCCUACUGACUAAGCCUGGUUCCUCAUCAGGUGCAGACAAAGGCCUUUCACCGCUGCCUGGCUUGUCCUCGUUGCUGUCAGCCCCUCUGUUGUCUGGAAAGCAGCCUAUGGAUGGUUCCUUCACUCAGAGCCCGUCGUUGGACAGGUUUCUGUCACUACCACCAACUCUUGAUCAGGCGUCCUUGCCAUGUGCACUAGACAACCAAGUCCCAGAGGACUUAAGGCAAACUCCAUCCCCGUGCUCCAGUCGUCCAUGCUUUCCUGUUGACAACGACGCCACGCCUCGCCUGCACUCGGUCACCAGGGGAUCAUCCUGCCCUGGCCUUGGGAGCAUCUACCAUGUGACAUCACUAUCAACUAAUGCCCUGCUCUCAGAUGACGGCCAAGCGAGCUCAUCAAUCCAGCCAUUUCGAUCACUCGGCACCAAUGCUACUGCCUCCCCAUCUUCUGGAGAUGAGUGUGAGCUGACACGGGCAGGGCGUUUUGAUGAACUGUCCGGGACGCCCAGUGCCACCUCAUCUUUAAAGCGAAGCCGUCUUGCUGUUCACGACACACCCAAGAACAUUGAAUGCAAGCGACACUGCUGCCUGAAGGAUCCUCAGACUGUUCUGUCUCCGUAUACGCUCAAAUCUACCCACAGGCUACUGGCCUCGACCAGCAGUCCGCAGAUCAAUGCAGCCUACGGUAUCAUCAGCCCAGGACAGAAGGCAGGAGCCAAUCUUGUCGGGGACUUCAGCCGUGCUCACUCGUUGCCAGCACUGCCUUUCUCGGAUGGCUCCAAUAAUGGCAUCGCCCGUAUCUCAUGGGAGACUCUUGCCGCUACCAUGCGUGGCGAGCAUUCUCUGCCUGGAAAAUUGAUUAUCAUCGAUUGCCGAUAUCCAUAUGAGUUCAACGCUGGACAUAUCCAGGGUGCUGUGAAUAUGUCGUCAGCAGAGGCGAUUACAGAGCAGCUCAUGGGUGCCGAUGCCAUUGAAGAACUGAAGGCAUGCGAGGCGCGUGGUGAAUCCAUUAUUCCGAUCUUUCACUGCGAGUUCUCAGUCAAGAGAAGUGUGGCACUUUUGCAGCACUUGCGCAAGACGGACCGUGACCUACAUCUAGAGAACUACCCCCGUCUAUAUUAUCCCGAGAUGUAUCUCUUAUCUGGUGGUUACAAGGAUUUCUUCAGUAACUGCAAGGUUAUGUGUGACCCUCCCCACUACGUCAGCAUGAAUGACAAGAAAUUUAGUGGUGAGCUGACUCGUUUUAGUCGAUCCAAAACCUACUCUGGUUUACGCUCUGACAUGCCUCGUUUCCGUCAUCGGAACAGCUUGAAAUUUUGAUGAUCAGCGCAAAUUUAUUAUCUGAAAUAUCGGCUCUUUCCGCCGUUCAACCAUUUAUGCAGUUUGUAAGUUUGUGCCUUCUAAAUCUUCAUUUUUUGGCCAAUCUUUUAUAUAGAAAUUCGGAGUUGUUGACCACGCUCCUGUGCUUAACCGGCUUGAUCUUUUGAAGUGGAUGAACCGAUUGUGGUCUUCCCUACCUGUCAUUGUCAACCCAUGUAUUCUGCUGUUUGCUCUCUGUCUUUCCUCUGUCUUGUACCUCUUUAACUUGAAUCGACCUCAUUAUUUAUGCGUGAGCUACUUCACGGGAUCUCCUCUCAUAGCUUGGGGGUUUGCUCUCAAUCCCUCAUGUUUCUCCCCCACAGGCUACUCUGUCGAACCCCCGGUGUUGUAAGCUAUUUUACUAGCUCUUGUACGUCUCUCCCCCGUUUCAAAUGAAGUUAUCCGUGUCCCGUCCCUUCCUGUAACUUAUCUCCCCCCUAGCUCUUCCUGGCCCCGUGCCAUCAUUGCUAUUGUGCUGCUUUCCUUCACCGUGCUUUCCGUCCGUUCUGCUGACUUGCUGUGCAGUCACAUCAUGUUGUGUACUCGUAUGUGUUCUUUACUCUAAUUAAUAGUCAAAAGCAUUUGAUACCUCUUUGAAUCUUCUUACAUGAUUACUACAGUAUAAUUAUACCUCGUACUCUCUCUCUCUCUCUCUCUCUCUCUCUCUCUCUCUCUCUCUCUCUCUCUCUCUCUCUCUCUCUCUCUCUCUCUCUCUCUCUCUCUCUCUCUCUCUCUCUCUCUCUCUCUCUCUCUCUCUCUCUCUCUCUCUCUCUCUCUCUCUCUCUCUCUCUCUCUCUCUCUCUCUCUCUCUUAGAAUCUGUGCCGUUUUUUGUUGUUAUUGUUGUUGUUUUGCUGCUGGCUCAUUUGUCGGAGCUUGUCAAUCACACUGUAUUAUUAGUUGGUGUUUGCCACUAGCAUGUACAUGUUCAUAACACUUGAUAUCAACAUUCCUUGCAGCUUGUAACAUCGUUUCUGUGCUCGCUUUGAACCUAUAUGCCUCUCUUCUUUUUUUUUGCUGCCUGUGAUCCCCUCUGGGAACACUAUUUAAGUUCAUGCCAAGCAGCUAUACGUUGGCCAUUCACCCAUUCUUCUGUUCUUCCAGACUCGCUGAGCAUAAAUUAAGUUCACGGUUCGCGUGAGACUCGGCUGGAAGCCCCCGCUGAGCAUGCAAGUAUUUAACCAAUACAAUGUAAGUGAUGAA